AUGGCUCAGAUAGGAAUUCAGCUGGACCAGGAAACAAUUUGCUGUUCCAUAUGUCUGGAUCUAUUGAAGUGUCCUGUGACUAUUCCCUGUGGACACAGCUACUGCAUGAACUGUAUUAAAAGCUACUGGGAUGACAAUGAUAAGGAGCAGAUCCACAGCUGCCCUCAGUGUAGGCGGACCUUCACACCGAGGCCUCUCCUGGUGAAAAACACUGUGUUAGCACAUUUAGUGGAAGGACUGAAGACUGGACUCCAUGCUGCUCCUGCUGAUCACUUGUAUGCUGGACCUGAAGAUGUGGCCUGUGAUGUCUGCACUGGGAGAAAACUGAAAGCCUGCAAGUCCUGUCUGAUCUGUCUGGCCUCUUACUGUGAGAAACACCUCCAGCCUCACUAUGAAUCACCUACAUUUGAAAAACACAAGCUAGUGGACCCCUCCACACAGCUCCAGGAGAAUAUCUGCUCCCGCCAUGAUGAGGUGAUGAAGAUGUUCUGCCGUACUGAUCAGCAGCGUAUCAGUUAUCUCUGCCCUGUGGAUGAACAUCAAGGCCACGACACAGUCUCAGCUGCAGCAGAGAGGACUGAGAGGCAGAGAGAGCUCGAGGUGAGUCGACAAAACAUCCAGCAGAGGAUCCGGGAUAGAGAGAAAGAUGUGAAGGUGCUUCAGCAGGAGGUGAAAGCUAUCAGUCACUCUGCUAAUAAAAUGGUGAAGGACACUGAGAAGAUCUUCACAAAGCUGAUCCGUACCUUCAAGAAAAGACGCUCUGAUGUGAAGCAACAGGUCAGAUCCCAGCAGGAAACUGAAGUGAGUCGAGUCAAAGAGGUUCAGGAGAAGCUGGAGCAGGAGAUCACUGAGCUGAAGAGGAAAGACGCUGAACUGAAGCAGCUCUCAUACACAGAGGAUGACAACAUGUUUCUAAACCACUACCCCUUACUGUCAGCACUCAGUGAAUCCAGAGACUCAUCCAGUUUCACUAAUCGUCCUCUGCGCUACUUUGAGGAUGUGACAGUGGCUGUGUCAGAAGUCAGCGACAAACUACAGGACGUUCUGAGUGAGAAAUGGACAAACAUCUCACUAAAAGUGACUAAAGUGGAUGUUUUGCUGUCAUAUUUACAACCAGAGCCCAAGACCAGAGCUGGAUUCUUACAACAUUCAUGUGAAAUCACACUGGAUCCAGACACAGCACACACACAGCUCUUACUAUCUGAGGGGAACAGAAAAGAAACAUUAAUGAGUAAACCACUGUCUUAUUCUAGUCACCCAGAGAGAUUCCUGGCCAAUUUCCAGGUGCUGAGUAGAGAGGGUCUGACUGGACGUUGUUACUGGGAGGUGGAGUGGAGGGGGACAGCAGUUUAUGUAGCAGUCGCAUAUAAGAACAUCAGCAGAGCAGGGAGGUUAAAUGAAUGUGGAUUUGGAGGUCCCCAGUCCUCCAGAGUAGGAGUGUACCUGGAUCACAGUGCAGGUAUUCUUUCCUUCUACAGCUUCUCUGAAACCAUGACUCUCCUCCACAGAGUCCAGACCAAGUUCACUCAGCCUCUCUAUGCUGGACUUUGGAUUUUAACUUUGGGAGACACUGCUGAGUUCUGUAAACUCAACAAGACAGAAAUAAUUUAA